UCUUAAUUGAAUAGGAUAAAUUGUUUAUUGUUUAUAUAUCUUGUGUAUAUUUAUUAUUAAUAUUACAAUUUAAUUAGUUUUAAUUCAUUUUAUUAUAACUGUAGUUUCCUUUAGUUUCCAUCAUAAUAUAUUGUAUAGCAUAACUAGUAUGGUUAGUUAACUAUGGUAGAUAUUUGUAUAGAGGAAUGUCUCAUAUGGGGAAUGUCUCUUUGUCUCCAUUAUCAAAAAUGUCGUUUGACCGCCAAAAGUUAAAUCAAAAUACCAUUUGACCGUCAUAACAAUCAUCUUAACACCUAUCACUUCCUAUCCAUCCAUUCCCCCAUUAAUUGAGAUGAGUUUCUCUAUCUAUGACUUGGAUGAUAAGAUCAAGGAUUAUCUAAAACUAGAUAACUUCCUCAAAGGCAAAUCCAUCAAUGAAUUCGUCGAAUUAAUCAGUAAAGAUCAUCUUUUAAAGGGUGCUGAAGUUAAUAAACUUGAAUAUUUAGAUCCAAAACCAUAUAUUCGUACGUUUGAAUCAACAUUAAGAGAAUUAAAACAAUUACAUCGGGAUUCAGAAGAUCAACGUCAAUUGGGUGAAAAACAUGUGGAAUCAUUUGAAUUAAGACAUUCAGAACAAGUUUUGAAUUUAACGUCUAAAUUCUCUAAAUCAAUUAAUAGUUUUGAUGUAUUAGAUCAAAAUAUAUCUCAAGUAUCAAGUAGAAUCAAUCCAUUGGCUAAUUCUUUAAAUAAGAUUUCAAAUUCAAGAGAUCAAUCCACUGAAACUAUCUUUUUAAUUCGAAGUUAUCAUGGGUUUUAUACUAAGGAGAAGUAUGAUCCAUUAGAAGCUUUAAGAACUAAUAAAUCAUUUGAAAAGAGAAUACGAUGUGCUAAAACUGUAUCAAAUCUAUUAAGUCUUGCAAAAAAGAUUGAAUCACCUGAUUUAGCUAAAACUAUCAAAUGUACCGCUGCUAUUCAAAAAUAUAGUGAAUUAAUGGAAAGAACCCUUUUAAAUAAAUUCGAAGUUGCAUUGGAUGAAGCUCAGUUUGAAAUGUUAAAUGAAAUAUCAAAAAUCUUAUUUGCAUUUAAUGGAGGUGUAAGUGUGGUUCAAACUUAUGUUAGUAAGAAUGAUAUCUUUCCUCCUCCUGAAGUUGAAGAAAAUUCAAUUUUAGAUGAUGAAUCAAUUUGGAGUCAAUUAUCAUCUCCAAAAUUCGGGGAAGUUAUAAAAGAUCCAUCUACUGAAAGUACGCUUGAAUAUUUAAGAAUUCAAAUUCAAUCAAGAGCAAGAGAAACUUCAAAAAUCUUUGAUGAUCCAGUUCAUGUAUUAAAGAUCUUCAUCCAAAGAGUUUAUGCUCAAAUCAUUCAAAAUAAAAUAUCAACCUUAUUACAAUUCUCAUUAUCGGUAAGUUCUUUGGCUCAUGUUAGAAUCUUACAUACUUUAUAUAUCUUAGUGGGAGAUUUCACUAAAUCUUUAAAACAAUUCUUUACCGUCAAUGAAUAUGAUAAAGAUGAUGAAUUAAGUACGAUCUUAGAUCAAUCUUAUUAUGAUAUUUUCAUGGAAUAUAUUUCGGAUUCAAUUUAUAUAUCACGAGAAAAGAAAAACUUGGAAGAAUUAAUCUAUGAUAUGGUUCAUAAAUUAAAUACUUAUAAUGAAAGAGCCAUAACCGCUAAUGCUUUAUCGAUCAAGAUUGAUAAUAUUGAUAAUUCAGAAUAUAGACCGGAUCAACCCCAAUCAUCCACAUCACUUAAUGAUAGAUUUGGAUUUAAGUUUAUGGAAACAAAACGAUUAAAUCAAUUUAGAACUUAUGUGAAAUCAAAAUUAUCCGAUCGAAAUUCAGUUGAUUUUGAUUCCGUUAAUGCACCAGAUCCUCAAUUCGCUAAUAUAAAUAUAACUCAAGUUGAAACGAUUUUAAAAUCGGCAAUUGAAUCAAUUGCGAGAAUCUUAGAAUUGAUUCCUUCAAAAGCACCCGAAUGUUCAUUAGAAAUAUUAGAGAUUUUAUUAUUUGAUUUCGGGAGACUUUAUGUGGGAGGAGGAUUAGAAAUUAUUUAUGAUAAAUUAAAACAAGAAAAUAAUGUAUCCAAGAUUCAUUCCAAUGUAUCGAUUGAUUUAAAUUAUUUAAAUGCUUUUAAUCUUGUUAGUGAGACUUUAUAUUUGAUUUCAUCAUGUGUGAAAAAGAUUAUUUUACCAUGUUCAAUCAAUACUCCCAAUAUCAAAAAUAGAAUGGUUAAUCUUACCAAUAAUUAUGUUUCCCGAUGUGAAUUAUCGUUAAAUAUAAUUUUAACCGAUACAUUAGAAUUAAUCGCUAAUAAAAUUGCCUUUUUCCUAACUAAACAGAAAAAGAAAGAUUUUUAUUGUGAUACAAUUGAAGAUGAUACCGAAGCUUGUGAAAGUAUAAGUGAAUUUUUAAUCUCAAUUUAUGAUAAAUCAUCAAUAUCGUUAAAUGGGAAAAAUCUUGAAUCAUUCUUGAAUAAAGUCGGAACCAAUUUCUUAACUCAAUUAUUAGAACAUUAUAAAAAAUUCAUUGUCAAUUCUACGGGUGGAAUUGUUCUUACUAAAGAUGUUAUCAGAUAUCAAUCUACGAUCGAUAAAUGGGGUUUACCUGACUUAUCUGAAAAUUUCCAAUUAUUAAAAGAAAUUGGUAAUUUAUUCACGGUGAGAGGAGAUUUAAUAAAUUCAUUGGUUACAGAAGGUCAAUUGGCUACUUUAAAACCAUAUACUAUUCGACAAUAUGUUUCAAAGAGAGCUGAUUUUAAUCCAAGGUAUCUUGAUAGAAUGUUAAGUAUAAAACGUUAAUAAAAUUUGAAUCUAUAAAUUGAAAAAGAACAAUAAUAAUAUCUAUAUAAUGCAUGGUAAUGAAAUGAAGAAGAAGAAGAAGAAGAA